UUGAUUUAGAAUAAAAAUAAGACCUUUAGCUUUUUUGUACUUACUGAGGGAAAUACCUUUAUUACCAACAACUUCAUGCACAAACAUUUAAAAGAGAAAAAGACCCCUCGCGGUAUGGGGAUGUUUCCAUCAGAUCUACAAAAUAUGGGCUCUAACACACAGAUGAUCAAUAGUUUGACGUGAUAAUUUCACACAAAAAGUGUGGAAACUGAGGCUCUGACAUGCUGUAAUCUAAUUGGUUGAAAAGUCAGAACACAUGACCUCCUUUCAUAGAAGAAGAAAUAAAAGCUGAAGUAAAAACAGUACAGCCAAAUGCCCACACCAUUCACUCAGCUAACAUGAAUGUCUCUGUUGUGACAUUUUUCUAUCUGUCUGAUUAUUAUGGAAUGAUGGAACUGAAGCCAUUAUACUUUUGCACUUUCCUGAUUUUAUACAUAACCAUCCUUACAGAGAAUGUGAUGCUGGUUGGAGUGAUUUUUCUGGAGAAAUCCCUGCAUGAACCAAUGUACGUGCUUCUGUGUAACCUAGCUGUGAACGAGCUGUUAGGCAGCACUGCUUUGCUCCCAGCUCUCCUCACCAACAUCCUGUCUCACACACACCAGGUCUCGGUGUUGUUUUGUCAGACGCAGGUCUUUGCGAUACACACUUAUGCCAUGAUUGAAUUCACUAUCCUGGCAGUGAUGAGUUACGACAGGUUUGUAGCCAUUUGUCAUCCCCUGUCUUAUCAUGCAAUGAUGUCUGAGAGAUUAGUGAAACUGGUUGUUUUUAUGUGGAUCUACCCGUGUGUGGCAUUUGGUUUUCUUUUUAUGUUCACUGUUCAGCUGCCGUAUUGUGGAAGAACCAUAGAAAAACUUUACUGUGUCAAUUACUUGCUUGUAAAGCUUGUAUGCACUGAUACGUUCAUCAUGAACAUUUUUGGUUUGUUAACUGUAGUUAUUUACGCAGUUCCACAGCUCGUCAUGAUCUUUUACUCAUACGGACACAUACUGAAAAUCUGCAUUCAGUCAUUCAGCGGGUCCAAGUUCAAGGCCCUGCGGACGUGCACUCCCCACAUCCUGGCUGUGAUUAACUACUCUAUCGGGUGCUUUUUUGAACUGGCACAGGGACGACUAGACAGCAGACACAUGUCUUACUCAGUAAAAAUGUUUAUGUCGCUGUACUUUUUGGUUUUCCCACCCCUCCUUAACGCUGUCAUUUAUGGUCUGAGCGCUAAGAUCAUCAGGAAACGGUUCUUCAGGCUUUUCAGCAGGAAGAAAAGACAAGUAGAGAUAAUGUGAAUGCUGUGAAUCCUGAAUGAUGCUGUUAACGCGGGUGCUUCUGGGAAUAUUUACUUUUCUCUGUUAUGUUUUUGCACAUUUGCGAUUUGAUUUUUACUAACAGCAGGAGACAAAAGUGUUGAGCUCAAACAAAUGAAUC